CUUGAAUUUUCUUUAUUUAUUCUUUUAAAAUUAAUUGAUUAAAUAAAUAAAUAAACAUUUUGCCAAGGAAGAAGCCCCAAGAAGAACAAAAGAGAGAGAUAUAUACACACACACACAAACACAACAGACAUUUAUACAUACAAAAAUGGCAUAUUAUCAACGUGACGAUCAUAAUGGGGGUUAUAAGAACUCAGCAACACCACCCUAUUCUAACAACCAAGAUACCUAUGCAAUGCAUAAUAUGCCACAGACAGCAUAUACUGGAGCAAAUCAACAAUCUUACUACGAUGAUAAAAACACCAAUUACAACAGCUACUACAACGCUCCUACUCCAGCAUCCUCAGAGGGUUACAAUUACCCAGGUCCGACUCCAAAGGCUCACCAGAACCCAGCCGACUACCAACACAUCUACGAACCCCAAGGAUACGUAGACAAACCAGACUUUUAUAAUGUCGACGGGCCUAAGAAAAGAUCAUGCUGCGAUCUACUGUGCUGCGGGUGCUGCGUCUGCUGUCCUCGCUGGUUUCGUUGGAUCGCAUGUAUCAUCUUAUUGAUCAUCAUUGGCCUGGGUAUUGCUGUGGGAGUAUUGGCUGCCAUAUUCAAAACCCCCAGUGUUGAUUUCAAAGGAAUCGAAGGCCAGCCGUCCUUCAACCUCCAGGGUACAACUGCCAACAUUAGCACCGUUCUUUCCAUUAGUGUCAAUAACCCAAACAUCGAGAGUGUUACAUUUGAAAAGAUUAUUGCAAAGGCAAGUAAUCAAAGACAAAGACAAAGCCAAAAAGAAAGAAAGAAAGCUUAUUAUCCUAAUUAUCACAACAUUUCUUUGGGAGGAGGACAAAAGAAUGAUGUUCACAUAAGCUCCAAUGCGAUUACCAAUAUUCUCUUUCCCUUUAAUCUCAUCAUCGAUCUCUCUUUACCCGAGCAGCAGUCCAUCAUGACCGAUUUGCUGGGCAAGUGCGGAUUCUUGGGCGGAGAGAAAGAACAGAUUAGUAUUGACUAUGAUGUCCAACCGACGAUCAAAAUCAUUGGUAUUCCAAUCACCAUCACAGUAUCAGACACAGCCCGCUUCCCAUGUCCUCUCCAGGAAAGUGAUUUUGAUACUCUUGUGAGUUCAACUCUUGGUAGUAUUUUCGGCUCUGCUGCCACAGGGUCAGGUGGUCUUGGUGAUUUAAUUGGCAAUGCUGCAAAGGCAGCUGGUAUUACAGGAUCGUAGAAGAAUAAUGUAAAAUAACAACAACAACCAUUGUAUUAUAUAUAAAUGCAUAUACGUAUGCGUAUGUAUACAGUAUUAUUUUUCUUAAAAUUAAGAAGAAGAAGAAGUAAUGAAAGAAAUCUAAAUUAUUAAUAUUAUUUUAUUUUAUUUUAUUAAAAAAAAACGCACCCACAC